AGCUGGUAGAGGUUUUGCAGUGAAUGGUAACCGGCGGGAGGAAAUCACGGCGCACUCUGGCUAUAGUAGAGACACGCUGUGCCGCUUAAACCUUAAAGAAAUAAACAACAAAGUUCGACAGAAACCGGUUCUGUCAACUUGGGAUUAUUUUCACUAAAACAGGAAGCCUGUGUGAACGUAUUUUUAUUGUUGUUUUUUCCUGUGCUACGUGGUGCAGAGGUGAACAUGACCCUGGAGUUGUAGUGUGGCAUUUAACUGACCGUCUCGCAUCUCUUUUCCCCUCGAAAGGCAGUCAUCAUGCCGCUGAACGUGGCCAGCAAGAACUACGACUAUGACUACGACUCGUUCCAGCCCUACUUCUAUUUCGACAACGAGGAGGAGAACUUCUACACACAGCAGCAUGGCCAGCCGCCGGCUCCCAGUGAGGACAUCUGGAAGAAGUUCGAGCUCCUGCCCACUCCUCCUCUCUCCCCGAGCCGGCGCUCGUCCUUCUCCAGCUCUUUCCCCUCCACGGCUGAUCAGCUGGAGAUGGUCACAGAGUUCCUCGGGGACGACGCGGUGAAUCAGAGCUUUAUUUGCGACUCGGAUUCGUCGCAGUCUUUGCUCAAGUCGAUCGUCAUUCAGGACUGCAUGUGGAGCGGCUUCUCCGCGGCGGCUAAGCUGGAGAGAGUGGUGUCGGAGCGCCUAGCGUCCAUCAGAGCGGCCCGGAAAGGCUCGAUCUCCAAAAGCGAGUGCUCGGAGGACUCGGACUCAAAUGCCGGCUACCUACAGGACGUUAAUGUUACCUCUGUUUCGGACUGCAUAGAUCCUUCAGUGGUGUUUCCAUACCCACUGACCGAGUGUGUGAAGUUGAAUAAGGAGUGUGAAAGCUCUCUGAUGGACACUCCGCCCAACAGCGGGAGCAGCAGCAGUAGCGACAGUGAAUCCGAUGACGAGGACGAGGAGGAUGAGGAAGAGGAGGAGAUCGAUGUCGUGACUGUAGAGAAAAGAAAGUCGGCCAAGAAGUGCGACUCGAGCCCCGUGGUGCUGAAGCGGUGUCACGUGACAAGCCAGCAGCACAACUACGCGGCGCAGCCGUGCACGCGGAGCGAGCAGCCCGCCGUCAAGCGGCUCCGCUUCGACAACAGCAGCGGCGCGCGCGCACACAGACAAAACCGCAAAUGCUCGAGUCCCAAAGCCUCGGACUCUGAGGACAACGACAAACGGCGGACUCACAACGUGCUGGAGCGGCAGCGGCGCAACGAGCUCAAGUUGAGCUUCUUCGCCCUGCGUGACGAGGUCCCGGCUGUAGCCAACAACGAGAAGGCGGCCAAGGUGGUCAUCUUAAAAAAGGCCACGGAGUUCAUUGUAGGACUGCAGACUGAAGAACGAAAGCUCCUGCACUCUAAAGAGCAGCUCAGGAAAAAGUGGGACCACUUAAAAAGGAGACUGGAAAUGCUGAUUAGCUCGUGAGCUGAUCUGGACUGGGACUUUACCUUUUAAAGCCCUUAAGUUGUUUGACUUUUGAUGGCGCUGCUCUGAGAUGCUUGGACUCGAAUGCACCCCAUCAUGGUUGCAGACUUGACCUUAAUACAUUUACACUGCCUCAGUUUGACUUGAGGUUUCAGAUUUGUAUUUAAUUUUAUAUUUAGCAAUGGACAGCAGUACCACUCACUGUUGGUCUUAACUUAAUGCUUUUGGGUUUUUUUGUAAAUUUUUGUACAUAUGUCUUCAUAUAUUAAGAUACUGUAUUAAUUUGUCAAUCAUAAAUGUUUCUUUAUAAAUUGCAUUUGACUAAGUAUGACUUGCAUAGUCUUUCUUUCUACAAUCAAUUCUUGAUGUCAAAAUUGAUGGAUAAAAGCCACCUGAAUCAUGCUCAACAUCAGUGUUGUGCUGAAGGUCACCUUUUUACCUGCUGAACAAUCUGACAAGUGAGUCCAAGUUCACUUGAUUCAAGGCUGUCAAUCAUGCAUAGCUAUUGUAGAUGGGCUUUUUUUUUUUUUUUUUUUUUUUUGAGAAAUAUCAAAUGUAAAGUUACUGAAGCUUUGUGUGCAGUCAGGGAGUGACUAAAUUUGGGGGGGGGGUAAAGGGUGCAGUAAGGUGAUCUGAUUUUUUGGGCCCAUUGUUGGACCCAUGACAGUCUUGGAUCAGAAAACAUUAGAUUUGGUUUGUAAUUUUUAGUCUGCCCCCUGAUUUUGAAGAAAUGGAGCCUGACCAGUGCCACACCCUUUCAUAAUGCCACAUUUAUUCUAAUUUGUUUAGUCUCAAAGUGCUAGACUUAACACUUACCCAGCCACUAACUUUUUAGUUUAGCUUAUAAAGGCUGAAGUAGCAAUUUGAGCCACAAAUCUGCUGGUUAAGAGGAUGAUUUACUUGACAAGGCUAAGCUAUUGCAAGAGCCCUCUGAAAUCCUUGGAGUGGGUCUUACUAGAUUAAGUGCAUUAUGCAAUGUCUGACAAUUAAGAACGUUGCAUUUCUUUUAUAGUGUGGUCUACCUUUUUAGUUACUUGCUCAGAUUUUUAUCUGAGGUGCAACCCUUCUCCUGGCCUUAUUCUAUAACUCAUACUUAAGUCAAAUGUCGGCUCAAAUAGACUUUUCAAUGGGUUAAUGAGAAGGAAAGUGUCAAUCCAGUGUAUGACCUUUUGAGCACAUGUUUUUAUACUAUCUUAUAACAGUUUUAAAUACUGCAACACUCCCUACUUUUCAACUUUAGCAGUGAAAUUACAUUGUACAUGAGUCCUCAUGAGCCUGUAAUGCAUUGAGAGGAUACCUAACUGGCAAAACAAAUCAUUUCUAAAGUACAUUGUGUAAAUUUAAAAGCUUCUGCUGGAUUGUUUAAGGGUAAUUUUGCAUUACAAGCACAGGCCCAGGCUCUUAGGUUGAUGAUCCUAAAAGAAAUGAUAAAGUAGGCUAUUGAAAAUCAUUGAUUAUUUCAUGUAAUAAACAUCUAAUGAUUCAUCUUUCAGUUUAA